AUGCUGGGCAACGCAGGCCUUCAGAGGAAGCGGCUUUCGGAGUUCCUCCAUGCUGCGGCGGCAUCUCCUUCUGCUGCCAAGUGGCCCACAACUUCGGAGGUCAUGUCGGGUGACUUUAUGGAGAGUCUUCUGGAGAGGCCACCGGAACAGGAGCUGCACAACACAGCCCUGCAUCACAGCGGUCUCUUCCCCCAUCAGGUUUCCACAGUGGCAUGGAUGCAGAGCAUUGAGCAGAAAGGAGCACAGCGCUUGCAGGUAACUCCUUUGCAUUUCGCUGGCGCAAAUCUCGGCUCCUCAUACGAUUUGCCGCUGCCGUGUGGCGGUGUUGUGGCACACCCACCUGGUUCAGGCAAGACUCGUAUUGUUGCGGCCCUCGCUGCGCAGAGUCUUCCCACCCAGACGGUGCUGCAAAGCAGAGCAUCUGAAAGUUGCGACCUGAACACUUGGGGGAGCUGGAUACAGCGGCUUUGUGGAAACCAAGUGAAGCCGCAGGCCAUUCCGGCUCGACGGCCGUUGCCAACACCGCCAAAGCCAAGUCUGAUCGUGUGUCCAGCUCACUUGGUGCGCCAGUGGCAUGAAGAGCUUGAAGGCCAAGGUGCCCUCGACACAGAGGUUGCAGACUAUGAGUCUGUGGAUCGCAUGGUUUUCGAAGCUGGCAAAUGGAAGCGUCUUGUGAUCGAUGAGCCGCAGGAUUGCCCUGGAGCCGAGAUCUGGCAAUCCUUGCUUGAUCUAGCUGAUGGCUUUCGGGAUGAUGGGGCUGCGAUUUGGCUGCUUUGCGGUACUGCUCCUUCGCACCUGGAGUCGAUCGGGCCGCUGCUGCUUGGGCGCCGCAACUGGCACGUGGCCUGGCGACAGUCCGAAUGGACAGGCUUUCCGCAGCUAGCUCACCUGAUCCGCACUCGCUUCCUGGCUGAUCCUCCCUGGGCUUGCUUGCCUCGACCAGCUUUGGAGUGGCACAAUGAGGGUGUGGUGCUACGGCCGCGGGAGAGCACUGAUGUUGCCGUGGCCAACCUGGCUGGGUUCGUCCUGGACAGCGUUCUGCUGUUGUCCUUCGGUGCCGGCACGGCCUUUGCUGCUGCUCAGGAAAGAGAUCAGCUGCUUUUGCAAAUGGGCUGGCACAACUGCGUGGGCACAUCCCUCUUGCCACCUGCAGAGCAUGCUUUGGCAGACUGGGAGGGCACCGUUGCCCAGCGCAGCCAGCAAAAACUGGAGAAGCUUGCAAAAGACAUCCAAAAAUUGGAGGCGACCGAGAACCAGCAAGGCUUGCGCUAUCAACUGGCAGCAGGCGAUGCUUCGAUGGCUCCGGACCUGUCCUUUCUUGCCGUUGAGACGGUGCGCGUGGUCGUAGAAGGUUUGGAGGAUGGCAGCACUGCCUCUGAGCCCGCGUGUGCGGCGGAGUGGAAUGCCCUGCUGCCCAGCCGGAGCUACAGAGGUGCUGUGGCACACGGCGUUGGCCCAGCUGGUGUCGCUUUUCAUGAUGAGCCUGCAGAUGGCGAUUUUGCAUCGGUGACCAGCUCUGCGCAGGCAGCAGGGGCGAUUGCCGUGAUCUUUGCUGCAAGGGAAGGUGAGAGACCUUUCGGCUAUCCUCAUGAGCGAUCACCACCAGGAAUUCCAGCCUGCAUGAUCAGCCGCCGUUUGGCCAACUCCAUCAUCUCCGCUUUGAAAGUGAACUGUGUGAUCACGGCGCAAGUAUCGCUGCUUGCGCAGGACAGUCCGGAAGAUGACAAGGAUGUGGAGGAAGGCCUGGUCUCCGCCUUCAUUGCAGACGAUGCUGUUGACACGGCGCUGCACAGGCAGCUCAAGGCCUUGCGAGGUGAGCGGGACCGCUGUGAGCGCUCCCUUCGAUUUGCCAGACAGAUGCGAGCACUUCUGGAAAGGAACGAGGCACACUGCCCCGUUUGCUUUCAGUCUGGAGCAGAAACGGAAGCGUUUGCAGUACUGCCGGACUGUUUUCACAUUUUGUGCCGGGCCUGCCUAGAGCAGCAGGCGGGCAUGGAUCCGACCUUUGGCUGUCCUAUGUGCCGGGUGUCAGUCUUCCGUCUCGACGUGGUUGUCUUUCGUGCGCCUGGCAGAGCAGAGCCGGCUGAGGAUGCAGUGGACGAUGAGGCAGAAGCCAAAAACACAGCCGCAUUGCUGACAGGUAGUGGUGAUGACGUGGACAGGAGAGGCGAAGCUCAGGGGCUAGAGGUGGCUUCUCAGCGAGAGGUGCUGCCCUCCAAGCUGCAGCGCUUGCUUUUUCUGUUGCGGGAGCUGUUGGCUUCUGGGGAUGAGGAGCGAGUGCUUGUGUACACGCAAUGGGCGACUCAUGUGGUCUACCUGCAAGAGGUGCUGCUGCAGCAGGGUGUUCCAGCCUUGGCCCUUGUGGGUGAGCUGCGGGAAACGAUGGAUGUGCUGAGCCGUUUUGGUAGCCCUGAUGAGCCCAGGGUGCUACUCCUCUCCAGCCAGCGUCACUCUUCGGGCAUCAACCUACAGAUGGCGCGGCACGUGGUGAUUGUGCACCCGUACUGCACACCCACUGCUACAAGCCAGGACUCAAUCUCCCGACUGCAGAUGUUGGCUUUCGAGGCGCAAGCCAUUGGCCGCGUUCGGCGGUAUCCACAAGAAAAGACUGUGCAUGUCCAUCGCUUGUUUGCGGUCGGGUCUGUAGAGGAAGAGCUGUAUGCUGGAAGGCCAACCAUGGACAGACCUUGCCAAGCCAAGGCGCUUUGUUUCAGCUUUGCAGGUGAACUGGCCUUCCAUCGGCUCGUCCUUGACCUGGAUGAGACGCUGGUGCGGGUCUGCUGCAAGGGCGUCCACCACAACAGGAACUUGAGAGUUGUUGACUUUCGGGUGCCAAUCGACGUGGGAGCCUUGCCCAAAGCAACGACGUACGACUGCGGAGUAGCAUUGCGGCCUGGCCUUGAGUGCAAGCCUUGGGAAAGAGCUGCAUUCAGUACUGGCUCCUUCCUGAACGAGCACCGGUAUCGCAAGUUGGUUCUUGGAACUGGCGGCAGAGAUGUGCAUUCACAACCGGCACCGAAGGACUCCUUGCCACUUCUAGGGCACAUUGACCUCACCGUGCCCAAGCUUGUGGAUGCAAAGGACUACUGGGUCAAUGGCCUUGGUGCGAUCGAGAGCUAUCGAGAAUCUGUUGGCGAGCUUUGGGCUCACCUCGGCCCAUCCCAGAUUCGCAUGAGCGAAGGCAGCGUGCACAAAUGGCCUGGAGAGAUUCGAAUAUGGGUCGAGGACAUUCGGAGCGUCGCGGACAUGCUCAAUAUGUUGGGCCGCACACUGGACACCAAACUGGUUCUCGAGAUGCGGGAGGCCACCACAGGAGGUGAAUAUGCCGCGCUUCUGCAUGAUCCUGGCCACGUCAACAAAGUCCAAGCAAGUGAGGCACCCUCUGGUUGGGCUGGGGCGAUAAGAGCUAUUCCAAGUGGACUGACUGGCAACCAUGGAGCCAAGAACGCCUUGGCUUUGUCCGAGGCAGUCGUUCUCCUGCCCAAGCGAGAGCAGAUACAGGGUGCUGCUCGAUUCUACGAUCACUUCAUUGGAUCAGCGAUCACCAAAAAGUAUCAGGUUUAUGAGGCGCAAGCGCUAAUGGACACCUUCAUGGUGCACUUUGCACCGGGUCCAAAGCUACACCAGACGCUGACCUACAAGGCGGAUAAGACGUGCGUGGUGCCCGGUAGCCUUGCUUCUGUUUGCUUUUAUGUCAAGGAUCACGUGCAAUUCCACUUGAUUUAUGCAAAAUGCAAGUCUGCAGGAAUCUUGAGACCAGCUGACGCAGAGAAGCAAUGGGAGGAGGUCGAAGCCCAACACGAGUUCACCAUUACAGGCGUUCUCGACCCUCAAAGCCAUUCCAUGGUUCUCGCACUGCAGCAUGUGAUUCGAUCACCUGAUCAUCCUGAAUGCCCUCUCAAAGCACGGUGA